AUGACUUCCAGCGAUAAAGUCGUCACAUUCUUCGGCGCCAGCACCGGUAUUGGCUUGGCAGCCCUGAAACACACCCUCGCGGCCGGACACAAAUGUAUUGCACUUUGCCGUGAUCCCUCAAAACUCACAACCGUCUUCCCUUCAGAAUCAACACCGAAUCUCAAGAUCGUUGAAGGCAAUGCGCACAAUAUCUCCGCCGUAUCACACUGCCUCCAAACCGACGAUGGUCGCAUCGUCGAUGUGAUCGUGACCACCAUCGGCGCCAAGCCAAUCCCCCAAAGACUGACCGUUGACGAUCCCGACGCAUGCAAAAAGGGCGCGGGGACUCUCCUCACUGCUCUUGCUCAGCUGCGAAGUAAUGGCAUCGCCGGGAAACCGCAUAUCAUCGCCUGCAGUACGACCGGGUUCUCCCGCUUCGGUCGCGAUAUUCCGCUUGCAAUGAUACCUAUUUAUUUUUUGUUCGUCAGAGUGCCUGGUGCUGACAAGGUUGUCAUGGAAGAGCGUUUCGCGGAGAGCGGGGAAACCUUCACGAUCAUUCGGCCGAGCUAUCUUAGUGAUGGUGAGUCGGAUACGCCUAUCCGUGUGGGCAUCGAGGAUCCUAAGUCUGGGGUGCAGUCUCGGGCUAUUGGGUAUAGCAUCUCCAGGGAAGAUGCGGGAAGAUGGCUCGCGGAGAAUCUGGUCUUGAAGAUGGACGCCAAGUAUCUGAACAAAAAUGUGACUGUCACGUACUGA